AUGCCCGCCUUAGCAUACAACACCUUCUCAAACCAAACGCCCAUCCCAAACCAAACCUCCCGUCUUACCACCAUGUUCUCCGCCAUCCGCACCUCCCUCCCUUCCCUAUUCCGCAGAACCAAGCGAGGACCCCUCCUCCCCACCACCGAGCCUCGAUCCAUCUCCUACACCGCACUUAGGAGCUCAUCUCUUGUCAAGCCAGGAGAAGAAGUCCUAGGCGACGGGACCAACCUCCGAGCCCUCGACAAGAAGCUCUACGCCCAAAUCGCUGACCUAAAGACCCUCUUGCCGAUGUUGAAGAAGGAAGAGGAUAGCGUGAGAAGAGAGUUUAAUUCUUGUAGCGAGGCGUGGAAGGUUGUUUUGCGUCCGGGGUAUCGGGGGAGUAGGUUGAAUCCGGGGUUUGGAGAUGGGUUUUGGUAUGUAUCCCCUUUUCUUUCCUAUCUCCAAACUUAUUCUCAUAUCAGAAGUCGUACUAACCAACUCCCACAGGCAACCAACCCCCAACUCCAACUCAAACCGCAACACCAAACCCAAUCCUCACAAAAUACACCCGCCUCCGCGCCGCCAUCCGCCGACGCUGCCGCGCUAAAGACACAUACAAGAUGAAGCGCGAGAAGCGAUCCAAGAUUCGGGCUCUUCUUGGCCCAAGCCCACGCCCAGAGAAGAAGGUAGUCCCACAGCGAUCUCGUGGAAUUUGGUGGUAUGUCAUCGGAAUGGCGGCUUGGGCUUUUUGUGGAGGGGUGGUGGUUUUGAUUGUAAAGACGCCGACUGGGGAGUUUGGGAAGAAAGAAUGA